CCAGGCUAGGCUAGCAGGACGGGGAGUUAGCAGUACACAGUCCGGGUAAACUCAGGAGGAGAGCAGCCAGUGUUUCACUUCCAGCGAUGCAGACCAUGAGUGUCGCAGCCAGCUAACGAUAGCACCGUCCCGGCUGGCAGGGACUGAUCUCGAUGGAGAAACCGGAACGACGGUAGAUAAAAAAGGCGACACCAACAGGAACACGGUUAGCUUAGUUUCAAUGUUAUUGUCAAUUAAAAAACACACUCGGUCACAAUGUCUUGCGCUGGCAACCUAGUUUGGGAUGUAAACAGACGCUUAAUUGGAUACAGCGACCCUAACGCCAUCAGGACCAACUAUUUAGGUAGGAGAGAAUUUGUCCAGAGGCUUAAACUUGAAGCGACACUGAAUGUACAUGAUGGCUGCGUCAACACUAUAUCCUGGAACGACACAGGAGAAUACAUCCUGUCAGGGUCAGACGAUACCUUUCUGGCCAUUACAAACCCAUACAACAAGAAGGUCAAAAAGUCUAUACGUUCAGGUCAUCGUGCAAAUAUCUUCAGUGCUAAGUUCAUGCCUCACACCAAUGAUCAGGAGAUCAUCUCCUGCUCCGGAGACGGUAUUAUCUACUACACCCACACAGAGAAGAGUGCCGAGCACAACAGACAGUGUCAGUUCACCUGCCAUUAUGGAACAGCGUAUGAGAUUAUGACGGUACCAAAUGACCCCUACACAUUUCUGUCAUGCGGGGAGGACGGCACGGUGCGGUGGUUCGACCUGCGCACGAAAACUAGCUGCACUAAAGAAGACUGCAAAGAUGACAUCCUGAUAAACUGCCGGAGAGCAGCAACCUCCAUAUCGAUUUCUCCGCUGGUGCCCUACUACCUGGCUGUGGGCUGCUCUGACAGCUCAGUGCGCAUCUACGACAGACGCAUGCUGGGAACCAGAGCGACAGGCAACUACAUGGGCAGAGGGACGACGGGCAUGUGCGUCAGGUUCGUUCCUGCACACCUGUCCAACAAGUCGUGCCGAGUGACAUCUCUCUGCUACAGCGAGGAUGGGCAGGAGGUGCUGGUCAGCUACUCCUCCGAUUACAUCUACCUGUUCGAUCCCAAAGACGACCAGGCCCGAGAGCUGAAGGGCCCCUCUGAGGAGAGGAGGGAGGAGCUGAGGCAGCCUCCGGUGAAGCGCCUGCGUCUACGAGGCGACUGGUCGGACACCGGACCCCGAGCUCGUCCUGAGAGCGAGAGGGAAAGAGAUGGCGAGCAGAGCCCAAACGUGUCUCUGAUGCAGAGGAUGUCGGAUAUGUUGUCCCGUUGGUUUGAAGAGGCGAGUGAGGCUCAGGGAAGCAGAGGGACCCGGCCUCAGACACGACCCAGAGGAACUGCAGUCCGUCCAGAGGCGGCAUCGAGUACCUCAGCUGCUGUUACUGCAGGAGACUCCAGACAGGUGUCCAGCGCCCCCGUGAGGCCUGAGGGGAUAGACACCCUGGAGGUACCUGCCAGCCCCGCUGCAGCCGCUGCCGCCCCCCUGCCUGAAUCUACUUCCUUUUCCUCCUCAGGGUCUUCGUCGACAGUCGCCGCACCUCCUCCCUCCAGCUCCUCGUCAGUAGAGAGUUCUGUCCCUUCUGCCUCCCCAGUCACCUCCUCUGCAGACACAGAGCAGAGGAGUCAGGCCAACACGGGCGAGACCCCCACGCCAACAGCCACGCCCACCUCAGAACCUGCACUCUCAGAUUCCCCCUCGUCUGUGGUAAACAAACAGCUGGGAUCCAUGACUCUCGAUGAACAGCAGGGAGGAGCUGCAAGUUCACUUCUUGAUGAAUCUGUGUCUGUACCAGCCAGCAGUAGUACCUCCACCUCCACCUCCACUUCCAGCUCCACCACUGCUGGCACCACUCGACCCAGUGCAGCAGAGCCCGUCCUCAGUCUGCACUACAGCUCAGAGGGAACCACCACCAGCACCAUCAAGCUGGAUUUCACUGAUGAGUGGAGCAGCAGCACAUCCAGCUCUAUGGGCAGUGCAGGUCCCAAAGCAUCUGAGGCUGCACAGAGCAGAGAGAGUCUGUCGACAGAGAGCUCCGCUUUAGAGCAAGCUCCCUCUGUGUCCUCGAGGCAGCAGAGCGUGCCUGCCGCCGGCGCAGAGCCCCCGUGUGCCGCCUCCUGCUCCGGAGCCCCCAGCAGCUCGUCGGCCGCAGCCUCUGUGCAGGGCUCCUCCUCCUCAUCACCGCUGGAGACGAGUCAGCCUGAGGAGGACACGUCAGGGGGCUGCAGGAGGCAGGAGCCCACUUCCACAGAAGAAGCACAGGAGGGAGAGGAGAGUCAGAGCCAGAGCCAGAGCCAGCCUGCAAGGGCCAACCAGGACUCUGACGACAGCGACGACGAUCCCAUCCUCAUCCCGGCAACACGGUUCAGAGGACAGGGACAGAGAUUUAAUUCCAGAGGAUCUGCAGUAGGAGAUAGAAUGAUCAGACGCUCUGCAGCAGCUCGUAUCCAGGAGCUGUUCCGCAGGAGGAAAGAAAGACGGGAGAUGGAGGAGAGUGAAAUGCAGAAUAUCAGGAGACCCUCAGUCAAAAUGGUCUACAAGGGUCACCGCAACUCCAGGACGAUGAUUAAAGAGUCGUGUUUCUGGGGCAACAACUUUGUGAUGAGCGGUUCAGACUGCGGCCACAUCUUCAUCUGGGACAGACACACCGCAGAGCACCUCAUGCUGCUUGAAGCCGACAACCAUGUGGUGAACUGCCUGCAGCCGCACCCCUACGACCCCAUUUUGGCUUCCUCAGGGAUAGACUACGAUAUCAAGAUUUGGUCACCGCUGGAGGAGUCGCCCUCUUUUAACAGAGUCCUCGCCGAUGAGGUAAUAACUCGGAACGAGCUGAUGCUAGAGGAGACGAGGAACACAAUCACAGUCCCAGCUUCGUUCAUGCUGCGAAUGUUGGCCUCCCUUAAUCACAUCAGAUCAGAUCGACUAGAAGGUGAUCGCUCUGAAGGUUCAGGCCAGGAAAACGAGGACGAGCAGUAGCCCCGUGGCGUUUUAUUUGACAGAAAACAUUUUGUUGUUUUUUUUGCUGUAUAGCACUUGAAAACCUGAGAUUUGUACAAGUACAGUGUAGAAUACUUCCUUUUGAGAAUUAGUGUAAUUUCUAGCUCCCCCUGUGUUUUUUUUAAAAGAGACUUUCUUACUGAUGUUUCUGUAUGAGUUUAAACUACAACUGUGUGAAUGCAAAGGCGAGGACGUCAGUAUAUAUUAAGUGUGAGAAUAAUGGCGGCUGGUGUGUAAGGAUGUUAAGUGCAAUAUUAUUUUGUGAGGGGAGAGUGAGCUUUGAUCAGUGUUAACGUGUGACAUUUUUGAAGUUGUAGCACAACGUUAAGAGAUGUUGACAUGCUGCUUUGGCAGUUACCAUGUAAACAAAGACUUUAAGUAAACCAUACCCAGAGAAUGCUUUAAUUUUGUUGUUUGAGGAAAAAAAAACAAAGCUGUGGUUCUUCUCCCUCUAUGGUUAUGUCAAUAAAUUAAUCUUUUACAAAA